AUGAGAUUUUUCAAUCUACUUCUCGGCCUCGCCUGCACCUCUUCCGCCCUUUCUUGUGUGGCGAAGCCCAAGUCUUCUUGGAGCGACUAUGUCAUUAUCGGUGCUGGCCCGGCUGGAUACGUCCUUGCCACUCGGCUCUCAGAAGACCCUGGAGUGACAGUCACCCUCCUUGAGGCUGGACCAGACGGCGAGAAUGAUCCAAACCUCUAUACCCCCGCAUUCGCCGGUCGACUCCAGGGCUCCAAAUACUCGUGGAACUACACUUCUCAGCCGGAUCCGAGGCGUGGAAAUAUCCCAGUACGCUUUCCGCAGGGCCAUACCCUGGGUGGUGGUACAUCAAUCAACUUCAUGUCUUACUCCCGCGGUGCUGCCAGCGUUUACGACCAGUGGGCGGCGGAGUCGGGAAACCACUUAUUGAGAUUCGAACAUCUCAUUCAGCAGUUCAGGAUCUCGACCAACCUAACUGUUCCGUCCGACAUCGACUACAACAUAGCUGCCAAUUCCUCGGCCUACGGAAGCGGCCCUGUGCAAGUGAGCUACGAGCGAAAGAACACUGGGACUGAACCGUUCUGGGGCGAUGCAAUGGCUGCGAGCAUAUCGUCUGCGGUACCUCUUAUUGAUCCAACGGAUGGGCGUGCUCUCGGCGAGACAAAAGGCGGGCCGCAUACCAUCGACAUCCGGACCGGGCGACGGUCUUCUGCACAGGCAGCUUAUGGACCUAUACUCGCGACUAGAGCCAACGUCAAGAUCUUGCCGGGCUCCGAGGCCACCAAGAUUCAAUUCCGGAAUGGGCGAGCGGUGUCUGUCGACUAUGUUUCGACCGAGGACCAUGCGAACCAUACUAUCUGGGCGCAGCGGGAGAUCAUUGUCAGUGCUGGAGCGAUCGGAUCGCCCAAGUUGCUGAUGCUCUCUGGCCUCGGUCCUAGGGACCAUCUCGAGAAGCUUGGGAUCGCCGUAGUCAAGGACCUUCCGGAAGUCGGCAACAAUCUACACGAUCAUCAUAAUGCAGUCGUGAUGGUUCAGAUCCCAGACAACAUCACCACCGCGUUCACACUUCGAGCAAACAUUACUCAAUUUGCAGAGGCCGAGGCUGAAUACAGCGCCCACGGAACGGGUUUCCUUUCGCAGACCCAAACCUCGAGCUGGGUGACUGAGCGGCCAUCCGAUGCAAUCCUGGACAGUAUCAAUGCAACUUUUCACAAGUCCCUUCCCAAGGACCGACCUAUUCUAUGGUAUCAAUAUACAACUUCUCCCAUGGUCCCCGACCCGCAGAAUAAGAAUAUCAUUUCCGGGUAUGUGAGCCUCAUUCAACCUGAAGGCCACGGAUACGUUCGACUUGCGAGUGCCGACUAUCGUGACGCACCGCUCAUUUACGCCAAUUACUGGAACUCGGAUGCCGAUCUUGCCUUGGAACUUUAUGGCUACAAAAAGCUACGCAGUGCAAUGGCAUCUGCCAUCCUCGCACCCAUAGUCCAAGGCGAGCUCUUUCCCGGACCACUGGUCCAGACUGACGAGCAACUGCUCCAGGCAAUGUUUACCAGUGCAUGGCCCUUCCACCAUCCCAGCGGAACGUGCUCUUUGGGCAAAGUCUUGGACGGCCACUUCCGAGUGCCCGGCAUCACGGGCUUGCGUGUCGUUGACUCUAGUGUUCUGCCCUCUCAACCAACUUCCCAUCUGUCGGGACCAGUCUAUGCUGUUGCUGAGCUUGCGUCUCAAAUAUUGCGAGGAUGGCACUGA